AUGUUCAAAUACAGGCUCCGCGUGCUCCUCAACGAGCUCAAAGUGCUGGUGCUUAUGCGCCCGGGCGCGAGGCGCGGCGAGCCUGGCGUGGACGUGCGGCGCACGAGGCCUCCUUCUCCUCCGGGGCUCGCGCCCUGCGGCUGGCCGCCCUUCGGCUGCGCGCGCCCGGACGACGAGGAGGAGUACUACGGAGCGGAGCCGCGGCCCAGGAGCCUGGCGCUCGAGCAGAAGAAGGACGCGAGGAUCAAAGCCGAGCUGGACGCCGUGUCGCUCGCGGGCAGCGUGGGCAGCGGCUCGCGCUCCCCGCAGUGCCGCAUCUGCUUCCAGGGACCGGAGCAGGGGGAGCUGCUAAGUCCGUGUCGGUGUGACGGCUCCGUGCGCUGCACCCACCAGCCCUGCCUCAUCCGCUGGAUCAGCGAGAGGGGCUCCUGGAGCUGUGAGCUCUGCUACUUCAAAUACCAAGUGCUAGCAAUCAGCACCAAGAACCCUCUGCAGUGGCAGACCAUCUCACUGACGGUGAUUGAGAAGGUCCAGAUUGCAGCCAUCAUCCUGGGCUCCCUCUUCCUCAUCGCCAGUAUUUCCUGGCUAGUGUGGUCAUCUCUCAGCCCUUCAGCCAAAUGGCAGCGGCAGGACCUUCUCUUCCAGAUCUGCUAUGGCAUGUAUGGCUUCAUGGACAUUGUUUGCAUAGGCCUUAUAAUCCACGAAGGUUCAUCAGUGUACCGAAUAUUUAAGCGCUGGCAAGCAGUGAACCAGCAGUGGAAAGUGCUGAACUAUGAGAAGGCCAAAGAUCUCGGAGAUCCGAUGGGCUCCAGCAGCAAAGGAGGAGGGGGUCGAGGGUCACGGAGCUUGCCCCACAGCUCGGGCGCAAGAGGGCACGCGGGUCGCACUGGGCGGCGGAUUAGGACUCUACUCAACCACCACUGUGGCUACACUGUACUGCACAUUCUCAGCCAACUGCGGCCGAGCGAGCACCGCCUCGGCACUGCCACGAACCAUGAGGUCGUCAUGAGGGUUACAACGGUAUAAGGACAGGUGCUCAUCAGAAAGAGGGGCUUUGGACCUAACCACCCCCCCCCCAAAC